AUGACGUCUGUAACGGCCGGGUCGACCACAACCAACUCUGCGGAUUCAGGCUCGAAUAUGCAGAACCCCGCCAAGAUGCCGCCCCAAGCGGAGUCCGACCCCGACGCCAAGUCAGGUUCAGGUUCAGGUUCAGGUUCAGGUUCACAGCCUGCCCAAGUCCGCUUCUCUUCGGUCAACCAGGAGAUUGAACCGUCUUCAAUGCUCUCCCCGGUGUCGGAGAAGUCUGUCCAAGACUCAUUAUCGGAUAAAAACGAAGAAGACUUGCGAUCGGUGGCUAUUAGCUUGCAGAAAUCCCAGCUCCAGGAGUCCCGUCUACGCAACUUCUCAUUCGAACCAAUGUCGCUUCCUUCCUCGCGGGUUGGAUCGCGAGAGUCUAGUAAUCCCAGUGCUCGGGAUGGCGGUUCUCUUGUAACCUCUCCUCACGCUUCUCCCCCCGUAUCCGCAGUACAAUCACCACCUCUUACCCCCGCUGUCACUCAUUCUCGCGAUGGCAGGUCCACGGACAGUGUAGCCGCCUUGGGCGCGGCUGGUCGAGGGAAUGUGCAGGCCAUUACUCCCGAAGCAUCCCCUCCGGUCACUUCCGGCGAAAUGAAUCAGUCUCAAAAUACACAAUCUCCCCGACCAUCUACAGAACAUCUUGUCUCCAGGAAGAGCGCAACCUCUGUACCCCAACCCCACGUUACUAUCCCGCAACACCGUGCCCAAUUCUUUAUUGGUAAUGAUUCGCAAGAAGAAAGCCCGCCUCCCACUCCGCGGGACUCCCAUACCCCUCCGGGCGCAAUUACCCCAGUUGGCGAGCCGAAUGAUCCGUACGCCCGCAGUAGGCGAGCACCACCUUCAAAGGAUUUGAAACAGCUUGAUCCUCGAUUUAUUUUCAGCAGCCGCGAUUCUAAGCGGGCAUUUCGUCCGGGCACACCCCGAUCAGCGAGUGCCAGUGAUAUCACCAAGUCCAACAAUGACAAACGGGGUGUCUUCCACAAGGAUAAAAAUAAUGAGCCCAAGCAUGGUCACGGUCACCAUGGUUCGAUGUCUGAGCUGAAGCGCUUUUUCAAGAUCGGCGGCCACCGUAACAAGCGACCAGAUUCUCCAACAUCAGCAUCAAAACGUUCAAGCCGGGGAUCUGGAAAGUCUACUCCAUACCAAAUGGCACCAGACAAUGUUCCCUUUGCUGAUGAUCAUGGUCUGACAACCAAGUAUGGUAAAAUGGGUAAGGUUCUUGGGUCCGGCGCCGGUGGUUCGGUUCGAUUGUUGAAACGCGAUGGCGAUGGUGUCACAUUUGCCGUCAAGCAAUUUCGGGAGCGUCAUAGCUGGGAGAGCUUGAAGGAGUAUUCGAAAAAGGUCACGGCAGAGUUCUGUAUUGGUUCAACCCUGCACCAUGGAAAUAUAAUCGAGACUCUUGAUAUUAUUCAAGAAGGCCAUCAUUGGUACGAGGUGAUGGAGUAUGCGCCAUUUGAUCUUUUUGCAAUCGUCAUGACGGGCAAGAUGAGCAAAGAGGAAAUCUCCUGCUCUUUCAAGCAGAUCCUCAGCGGCGUUGCCUAUCUCCAUGGAAUGGGUUUGGCUCAUCGUGAUUUGAAACUCGACAAUGUGGUGGUCAACGACCGCGGUAUUAUGAAGCUGAUCGAUUUUGGAAGUGCCGUUGUCUUCCGAUAUCCUUUCGAGAAUGGCAUUGUGCCAGCUUCAGGCAUCGUUGGUUCCGAUCCUUACUUGGCUCCAGAGGUAUACGACGAAAAGAAAUAUGACCCUCGCCCCACGGAUGUUUGGUCGCUGGCGAUCAUCUUCUGUUGCAUGACCCUGCGUCGCUUCCCAUGGAAGCAACCGCGUACCACCGACAAUUCCUACCGGUUGUUCGUUUCGACACCGACACCUGGUACGCCGGUGCCUGACUCGGAUCCCCGGCGUUCCCGUCCCAAGUCGUCUUCCGACCUUCCUUCUUCUGCCCAUGAACAAAAACCACCUGCGCCCACCUCAAACCCAGCGGGUAAUUCCGAAACGCCUGACAAGUCAACUGUGCCGACGUCAGCUCCGCAAGAAAACGGAACAAAUGGAAACCACACCGACACUUCGAAAGAAGGUGAUUCAGAACCCCAGGCGAAGAAGCAAACCAGCCAAACCAGCACGGCAACCACCGCAAACAACGGUACUGCCAAUGAUAAACCCACUCGCACGACCAGCAAGGAAGCUCCUCCUCUCCCACCAGGCUCUCAACCAGCCGCCCAGCGCCAGGAGGUCAUCAAGGGUCCAUGGCGCCUUCUCCGCAUCUUGCCGCGGGAAAGUCGGUACAUUAUUGGCCGCAUGUUGAAAAUUGACCCGAAGGAGCGAGCAACACUUGACGAGGUUUUGGCUGAUGACUGGGUACGAAAUAUCAUCUGCUGUCAACAGGAAGACUCCGGUCAAGUUAUCAACGCCUCCAACCACACUCACGUUCUUGAGCCUCCAUCGCACAGCCCUGCUGUGGCUAGCAAAGGCCACAAGGCCAAAUGA